UGGGGACAAUCCCAGUUUCCUCAACAGCAUCACGGUCUAAUUUCAGGAGUUCUUUUCAGUGGCCUCUGCUGACUUCCCACAUUAGGCAAAAACUGUAGAAUUUAGCAGCUACCGACACAUAAAACCACUUUGCCCUUUUUUUUUUUCUUUUGCUGCCGGUAGCAUUUUAGUAAGGGGCAAACAGACAUUUCAGACGGAUAAAGCCUCCCCGGCUGCAGAGGUGCUUAGACGUUUUUCCCUUCAAGAGAAAGGAAACCGAACCCUUUGAGCCCUCCCAAAUGCACCCCCCGCCGCAAAAGCGCAGCGGGCUCUCUCCGUCCCCUUCUCCUUCUUCUUUUCCCGAGCCAGCCGCGAGCCCCCUGGAUUCAUCUGCAUAUUCACAUGAUCUCCGACGACCCGGGGCGGCCGUUUUCCCCGGUGCCCCGGUCCCGGCAGCAGGUAGGGGAGCGGGGCAGCCGCAGGGUUGGGAGCCGCGCCGCUCGCCCCCGCGCCCGCCGGGGAGGCAUGAGCGACCGAGCGGCCGCGCCGCGCCGCGGUAAGUGUGGACGCCUGUGUAAGUGUGAGAGCAUCAUGGUGGCAUUUAAAGGAGUCUGGACUCAACCCUUCUGGAAAGCUGUUUCAGCAGAAUUUUUGGCCAUGCUCAUUUUUGUCCUCCUCAGCCUUGGCUCCACAAUCAACUGGGGUGGAGCAGAGAAGCCUCUGCCCGUAGACAUGGUUCUAAUCUCCCUUUGCUUUGGACUCAGCAUUGCCACCAUGGUGCAGUGCUUUGGACACAUCAGCGGAGGCCACAUUAACCCUGCUGUGACCGUGGCAAUGGUCUGCACGAGGAAGAUCAGCCUCGCAAAGUCAGUCUUCUACAUUCUUGCCCAGUGCCUGGGAGCCAUCGUGGGUGCAGGCAUCCUUUACCUCGUCACACCACCAAGUGUGGUGGGAGGCCUGGGAGUCACUGCGGUACACGGGGAUCUUUCCGCUGGCCAUGGACUCCUGGUGGAGCUGAUAAUUACAUUCCAGCUGGUUUUUACUAUUUUUGCCAGCUGUGAUUCAAAACGAAGUGAUGUCACUGGUUCAGUAGCUUUAGCAAUUGGAUUUUCUGUUGCAAUUGGACAUUUAUUUGCUAUCAAUUACACCGGUGCCAGUAUGAACCCUGCUCGAUCAUUUGGACCUGCUGUUAUUAUGGGAAGAUGGGAAAACCAAUGGGUAUAUUGGGUGGGACCAAUAAUAGGAGCAGUCCUUGCUGGUGCUCUUUAUGAAUAUGUCUAUUGCCCAGACGUUGAACUCAAGCGCCGUUUUAAAGAUGUCUUCAGUAAGGCUACCCAGCCAUCCAAAGGGAAGUACAUUGAGGUGGAUGAUAACAGGAGCCAUGUAGAGACCGAUGACCUGAUCCUGAAGCCUGGCAUAGUUCAUGUGAUUGAUAUUGAUAGGGGUGAGGACAAGAAGGGAAGAGAUCCAUCCAGCGAGGUGUUGUCUUCAGUAUGACUAGCAAGAAGCACUGAAAGCAGAGAGCAGCCUGCUAGCACAUCCACAGAUAUCCUUCCACCUAUCAAAGAAACAGAUCUUCUCUAGACUGAGUGUCUACCAUUUCUUAAAAGGUAUGGUGUGGGCAACUGCAUGAUAGUGGUGUCACAAAACCAUACGCCUGCUCAGUCGGAAGAUUAGGACUUUGCUAUAAUUAGUAUUCCCCAACUAUUAUUGCAAAUUAAGAGUUGUUCCUUGUAUUUUCCCUUUCUUCUUUCUGGAGCAAUCCCAAAGUUAAAAAAAAAAAGAAAGAUGAAAGCACUCUCCUUUAAUAAAUCAGUCAAUAAUGAGAUAAAGAUAGAGAUGUUUAACAUUCAGAUUGACAGUUAAGACAUAUCAGGAAAUGCCUAUAGACAUGAAGACCUACUUAUCAGAUUGUUCUUCUGACACUUAAUUGUCUGUUGUCAGCUCCAAUUAGGACAUCUUAUCCAUUAAGUGUUCUCUUAGGUUAAGAUUCGGGAACAGCACCAACAGUAUUUAAGAGUUUUAUCCAGGUUGAAGCAAAGGAGUAAUGUCUCCAUUCACGUACAUCACUAUUGCCUUGCAAACUACCUCUGAAAAAAUUAUUUAAAAAAUAUUCUAUCCACCCAUC